AUGAACAUGAUCUCCCCUGAGGUGAUCAAGAGGCUGCAAAUGCCCGAGGAAGAGCUCAAAAAGACAGGGAUAUUUCAGAGAAUCAACCCGGGAAGGAGCCAGCCAAAAGGAAAGAACACGCUGCUGGUGAUGUUUGGCGGGGAGCUGAAUUAUAGGACCGAGAAGAUCGUGUUCGAUGUUGUCAAGGUCCCCUUUCUAUUCAAUGGAAUUAUUAGCCGCCCAACCUUCGCCAAAUUCAUGGCGGCAUCCCACUAUGCCUAUGAUACCCUGAAGAUGCCAGGGCCCAUGGGUGUCAUCACUAUCAACUCCGACAAGAAAGAUUUAGUCAUAUGCGUAGACAAGCUUUACAGAGAAGCGAUGGCAGUAGAGUCUGUCAAGACCAAGGGCCCCGCCAAGGAAAGGAAAAGACAGAAACCCGGCAAGACAUCUAGCUAG